AUGAAGGCAUCACAGGUUUUUGAAGUAGUUCUGAAUCCUGAGGCAGUUGGAGGUGAUGAUAUUGGUCUUGGGAUUCUUGAUAGUUAUCUUUUAUUCGCUAUAUUAGAUGAUAUUAUUCCUAUAUUAGCUACAUUAGGAUGUUAUAUUCCUAGAAACAAUAAAGCAUUUUAG